AUAUGUCUGCCGGUUAAAAUUUUCACUCUCCUUGUUCAAGCGAUAGAUCGCACUUCCACUCCACGGGGUAGCCCACCUUUGUAGCAGUCGAGGAACGACGAUGCUCUGUUUCUCUCUCGGCGGAACAGAUACACCACCGAGAGAAACCGUAGCACGUAUAGUGGCGUGCACGCGUAUGCAGGACAGUGGCCAGUAGCCCCUGGGAUCGAAUCAGAGAUAAAGGCUAAUCUCGCAUCAGAAACCGUUUCCAUGUUCCGGAUUUUGUCACGCAUCAUCGGCGAUAGGAGGCGGCGAGGCAGAGAAAGAAAGAAAGAAAGGUGGACCAAGCCAAGCCAGGGAGGAAAGGCGAGCGAGACGGGGAGAAAGAUGAGAAAGGAGCACAAGAGAAAAAAGAAUGAGAGGAAGAAACGCAUGCACGCGACUGGAAUCAAGGGAUAUGAUGGGUACCGCGCUAGGCUUUCAAGUGCACUUUGGACUUGCGUCGGACUAUACUGUGGGCAACAUGCAACAACGACGAUACUACUGAAAAAUCAGAUACCUAUCCGAGGUAUCCGACCAACUUUUAUCUCGACACCAUGUACUACUCCAGAUGUAACUCUUUUUUUUCCCUCUUCUCUUAUUUGGUUCGCCCGCCCCACCCAAAAAGUACUUAGCACUAGCAUGCCCUCGAUUAGCAAAUUUUACUUGGGGGACAUUAGACAAAAAUGGGACAUAGCCACAUAGGUAUGAAAGAACGCUUACUAUUUGAGAAUCAGGCAUUUUAAUUUUAGACGAAAAAAAAUAUUAUUAUUCUGGCUACAAUAGAUUUGAACAUAACGUGGUCCGGCUGGAGACCAUCGGUUAACAUAUCCGUUCAAUGAAAUAGUGCCGAAGAUUCUUGACUCUAUCUGCCCCUAUAUGCACUGAAUGCUUGCUUUCAGGGAAUUAAACUAAAACACACAUCAGAGGAAAUUAUUUAUCUAUUGAGUAAGUUUAAUUUGA